CUCCUAGUUCUGUAGAUCACUUAUUUAUCAUUUUUUUAUUAUCAUCGAACACAGUAUUAUUUUUUUUAUUUUAUAUUGGCUUCGAAGACAUCCUGAUUGAUUGUUCUGUCCGUAUUGUUGUGUUGUCCGUGUUUUGUGUUUUUGUACCUCGGCUGAACAGGAGAACAUUUAGUCCAACAGUUUACUUGUAUAUGGAUAAAUGACAAUAAUACUGAACUUGCAUGUCUGACUGUCUGAGCUGCUAUACGCGACUGUUACAAAUUAGAUGAGGGUACCUUCAUGAUGAUUGUUUAAAUCUUGACAAACCUCUAAAGAAUUAUGGUCUGAAAUUGUUGUUGGAUCAUGUACACAUAUCAAAGUGGUGAAAGAUUAGAGCCGCCUUGCAUGAACUAUUCAAUACCCCGCCCCUUUCCAAAGACACAACAUAAAGUGCUCUUGCUGUGACAUGGUUAUGCGCACAAUGAGGAGCUUCACUUUAAUAACAGCUUUACUUCUCUACAGCUACAGCUGGAUCUCUGUCUCGGUGUCUCAGUCUCAGACUGUGAAUGUCCAGUCUGGUGAAGACGUCACACUGCUGUGCUCCAACAUUUCCAGAAGUCCAACUCAGACAGACUGGUUCAGACUGGUCAACAGAACCAAAGCCAGCUGUAUCUCCUCUAUGUACCAGUCUGAAGAUGAAGCUUCAUUCUGUGUUGGAUUUCAAAAUAGAUUUGAAAUGAGCUCAAACAUCUCCACUGUCUUUCUGAAGAUCAAGAAAGUGGAUGUAUCUGACUCUGGACUGUAUUUCUGUGGAUUUUACAAAGGCGUACAUACAGUCAUCGCUGAUACAACACAUUUAAAUGUUCAAGGUGAUAAUGAAUCUGAUUAUGAAGAGGAUUGUAACUCUGAAGAAGUGCCUGGUGGAAUGACAAACCUGAUGAGUGUGGUGCUGGGGGGUCUGACUGUUUUCCUCACUAUAGUGGUCAUUGUUCUGGCUGUUAAAAUCAGGAAACUUCAAAAAGCUGUGAAUGAAGAGCCACAGCCAGAAAGAAAUAAGAAUCUGGGCUCAGGUGACCUAAACUACGCAGCUCUAAGUUUCCAGACCAAACCAAAAAGAAACCACAGGCCUGCAUCACAGAGAGAGCUGGAGACCAAUGUUGUGUACGCUGCCACCAGAUAGACUCAGGGAACCACUGGAACAGCAGCUCAGAGAGGAGCUCAGGCUUUAUCAUAUUCAUCUACUGUUGUGGUUUUGUGCGUGUGUGUGUGGUGGGUGGAAGGACUCAAUGACAAAAAAUAAACGUUUUUUUCUGUU